GAUUGAAAUCUGCGACUACCUGACUACACGCCAUGCGCUGCUGGCCCUAGCAAGGACCUGCACUGUGUUCAAGGAUCCCUCCCUUAACAGAGUUUGGUCGGGCUAUCUCGAUCCCAUCAAAAUUAGUGAUAUCCUGUCGGCUCUUCCAGACUCGGUGAAGGAAAACGCAUACGGAGAUGUUGUCGACUUCAUCCCAACGCAAGAAGGCUGGCAACGACUUUACAGUUACGCUAAGCGAGUCCGAUAUCUUUCGUUUGACUAUCGCUUCCGCGUUUGCCAACCUUCAACACAUAUUCUGCGCUGUCGACGACUUUCAAAGGGAUACUCUGCAAUACUAUACAGAGUUCAUUUCCUCUGGGCUUCUUCAACUCAGCAUGGAAGUCACGGGCAACGGCGAGAAUAGGAACUCUGAGAGAGUUCUAGAUCUUGUCUCGGAACGAUGUCCCAGUCUGGAUUGGCUGGAAGUAACUGAAGGAGUAUUCGGCCUUCAACCAAUGGACGACUGUCUAUCUCGAGUUGUAGGACGCCUACAUGUUCUCUCUGGCUUGCG